GUGCUGGCUUGGACAGAGACUCACACACACACACACACACUCGGAGCUUUGCACCUAUCGGCAAGGACCAUAAAUCAUCCUCCAUAAAAACCAGCGAGCCAUGGAGCUACCGCAUUGACCGGGGAGCUUUCUGCGUCGAACCCGCCUCGCGUGGACCGCCUGCGGCUAGUUAGGCUCGGGGGUUUCGCAGCCUGACUUGAGUAUUUCAUUCCUAGCUAGCGAGUUGCGACCAUCUGGUGUGCUUUUUAUCUACAAGGAGGCGUGGCGUCUCUCUUUACCAGGAGGACAAUCUAAGUAUUGCAUCUUUAUUUUCCCCGUUGAGAUGUUUUGAGCGUCACGCCGGCAUCAGCGUCGUCCCGUGGUGCUUUCAUCCCGCCUCCGCGGCAGUAAAACAAGGCAAGAGCGCGUCGGUGCUCGUGCUGAUACUGCGGGCUGCACUUUGCCAUCGAACAGCCUGAAAAAAUGACGAUGUCCGUCCCGGAGAGGAAAUCGGGAUCGGAAGGAAAAGAGGAGGAGAGCGAGGAUGAGAGCGAGAUCCUGGAGGAGAGCCCCUGUGGACGCUGGCAGAAGCGCAAAGAGCAGGUGAGUCAAGGUAAUGUUCCAGGUGUGGAAAGCGCUUCCCUGGCCAUGGACACUGAGGAGGGCGUGGAGGUGGUGUGGAAUGAAGUGCUUUUCUCGGACAAGAAGGUCUUCAAAGCACAGGAGGAGAAGAUCAAGGAGAUGUUUGAGAACCUGAUGCAGGUGGAACAUCCUAACAUUGUCAAGUUCCACAAGUACUGGUUGGACAUGAAGGAGAGUCAAGCUCGGGUCAUCUUCAUCACUGAAUACAUGUCAUCCGGCAGCCUCAAGCAGUUUCUGAAGAAAACCAAGAAGAACCACAAGACCAUGAAUGUGAAGGCCUGGAAAAGAUGGUGCACCCAGAUCCUCUCUGCCCUCAGUUAUUUGCACUCUUGUGAUCCACCAAUAAUCCAUGGCAACCUGACUUGUGACACCAUCUUCAUCCAGCAUAAUGGACUCAUCAAGAUUGGCUCAGUGUGGCAUCGGCUGUUUGUAAAUGUAUUCCCAGACGCAAACGUCCAGAGCAAGGGGAGGCAACAUCGUGACGAACAGAGGAAUCUUCAUUUUUUUGCACCAGAAUACGGAACGGGUGAAGAUGAUUAUGCCAUCGACAUUUUCUCCUUUGGCAUCUGUGCUUUGGAGAUGGCAGUGUUGGAGAUCCAGGCCAAUGGAGAUGCUGCUGUCUCCAAGGAGGCCAUUGUAAAUGCAGGACAAUCCCUCGAAGACCCUCUCAUGAGAGAGUUCACACAGUCUUGUUUAGGCCAGGACGCCAAGCUCCGUCCCACUGCUCAUGACCUUCUCUUCCACCGGGUCCUGUUUGAGGUCCACUCCCUCAAACUGCUGGCUGCCCACUGCCUGAUCAGCAACCAGUACUUGCUUCCUGAGAACUGCGUGGAAGAGAGGACCAAGUCAUUUGACCCCAACGCUGUCAUGGCAGAGAUCAAGCAUGAAGACAGGCUGGGAAUUCAGCUAAAGUACUCCCACGUGUCCCCUUUGGAACUGGACAAGUUUCUGGAGGAUGUAAAGAAUGGGAUUUACCCCCUGAUGAACUUUGCGUCAUCUCGGCCACACCCCGUACCCCGUGCACUCUCCUUGUCUCAGGAGCAGGUGGAGACGGUCAAAACGCCCACCCCUGAACCCCAGGAGACAGAGACCAGGAAGGUGGUUCAGAUGCAUUGUAACUUGGAGUCCAAUGAUGAAGGGACCAAAACUCAUGUGAGUCGCAUAGUAUAUCAGCUGUCUUUAUUCCUAAAGAUGGAUGAUAAACUUCAUCGGCAGCUUAGCUGUGACAUCCUUCCAACUGAUACAUCCAAAGACCUUGCAAGUGAGCUCGUACACUACGCUUUCAUCAAUGAGGAGGACAUUGAGAAGGUGACGGUGUUCCUCGAAGACGCCAUAAGUCGGCACAGAGUACGAGCACUGGCAUCUGGGAGCACACAGUGAAGGAGGGGUCAUGGUAGCGGACAGAACCAGAUGGAUGUAUAGGGAGCCCAAGGGAACCGUUGAGAACACUGAUAGAGAAAGGAAAAGAGAGUAUGUGGCACCCUACAGCCGCAAGAAGAAGGAACAGAGCCAGAACACUGAAGGAUGCUCAACUUUGAGGGUCUGAGAGCAUCGGCAGCAAGGGAAAGGGAACAGAAGCUUGUCGGAGGACCAGAUGCGUCAACACAACAGUGAAUGAUUGACAAAGCAGUUUCCUUAAAAGGGCUCAUCUGCCUUAACUUAAGUUGACAACUUUUCCCUAAUGCCUCUGUUUCCAAUGCCAUUCGUUUUACUUACAAAUGCAGCAGCCGUCUUUGCAAAGGAAUGUUUUAGUACGCAUUAGUUGCACUCAUGACAGCCCAAUUUUUAAUUUACAUUCUGCACUUAAUUACAGUUUUUGAUACCCUAUCCAUCCUACAGUUAUUCCAUGCGCUUAUUUAUUUUUAUUGUACUGUGAAGCAUUGUAAAAGGCAUCUUUCUUGAUUUAUGUGCGCUAUAAUAUUUAUGACUUGCAAAAUAACAUACCUCACUGCAUUCCUCCUUGGGUCAAAAGUUGCUUUUCUCGCAGCUAAACAAGAGCAAUUAGCCUGUCUUUUAGCCUGUAGUGCUCUUAAGGGGGUUUUCCUCUAUAAAAGUGUUCUGAAUGCCAAAGACUUGCAAAGUGCCUAGUAUGGCAGACAGAAACUAAUUCAAAAGCAUUGGCAUAAAAGCUAAGUGGCUAAUUCGGAAUGUAUCGUUUUCAAAACAGAUGUCUAACAUGUGCAAGUAUGCAAAAUCAAAUGAGUAAUUGAAUGUGCAAAUGAACCUUAACUUGACUCCAAGCUCACUGAGAGAAGCAGAUUCUGUACACAGGAUAAAAAUAUCAGUAGAUCGUUGACUGCAGCCAUUAUUGGACAGUUGUAGUUCAUAAAGAAAACAAUUUAGACACAAAUCAUACAUGGAAAGGAGUGUGCAGUUUCAUUAAUUUUGUAAAAAAGGUUACUACUAUUUCAUAUUUUUCUGUGUGUGCUUGUUAAACCUUCCAACAUUCUGUCUUAACUCAGUCUAGAGGUGAUAUUAAGUACACAAACAUAAUUUUAAUAUAUGUUGCGUUACUACUGCUCUUAUGCAGAAUUUGUUUUUACAUUAUAUUUCUGUAUUCAGUAGAAACAUUCAACCAUAAUAUCUGAUAAGAGUAUCAAUAAUGGUAAAUUAUAGCAAUCAUCCACUCCUAUAAGACUCGGUACAAAGAGCACAACAUUUUCCCCCAAAAAAUUAGACAUUUAAUGUUUAUAUAUUGUCUAUUCUGUAGUUUUUAAGUUUUGUCUUACCGAUAAUGCUUUGUUUACUCCAAUAAGUCACAAUUUUGUAACAGACUGUUGUACAGUAAUUGCUUAAAGUUUUACUUUGCUUGCAAGUUUAUCUCUUUAGACAACUUUCCAGCUAUUCAACUUCUACUGUAUAUAGGUUGUGCAGUACAUAUUUUUUGUGGCUUUUAGGGGUUUACUUUGGAUCCAAUUCCAAUGUGAAACAGUGCCACUUGUGCUCUUUAAUGAUCUCAUUAAAUGCAUGUCUUAAAAACCUGAAACUUUUAAAGAAUUUAACAUUUUUGCCUUUGUAAAAAUUCGGUUGGAGAAGGGAAUCUGAUCAAGAAAAUUGACGUUUUAAUUUUUCAAACAUAGUAGAAACUAAAUAAUAUUGGCAAAUUGAAUUUUAACUGUGAUUCUGUUGAAUGAUACUCGCUUUUGAAUGUGUUCUACUGCAUUUGUAAAAUAUACACAGUAUAUAUUGUAACAAUGGCAAUGAAAUAAAUUUCAAUAAACUAUGUGAUAUACUA